GUGUGUGUGUGUGUGUGUGUGUAUGUGUGAGUGGAUGAGCUGUUAUAGGCCAUGUCUGUCCCCACCAAACAAGAGAGGACCGUAUGUGUCCUCCUUCCAAACAAGGAGACACUGGACAUCACAGUGGGGCUGAAAGCAACUGGUCAAGAUGUGUUUCAUCGUGUCUGCGAGCUUCUCGGGGUCAGAGAGCUGCACUACUUUGGAUUAACUUUAGUCAAAAACAAUGAGCACAUCUUUCUGGACUUGGAAGAGAAACUUUCCAAGUAUUUCCCCAAGGAGUGGAAGCAGGACUCUGGGAGGCAGGGGUCACACAGGAGGUCCAUCCCUCCCCUGCUCUGUCUGAAGGUCCAGUAUUAUGUGGAGAACGGCAGACUCAUCUGUGAGCGUAAAGCGAGAAAACUGUACUACUAUGACCUCCGUGAGCGAGUCCUGCGCUCGGAAUGCCGACAGCAGGAGGAAGUGUAUUUCCAGCUGGCAGGAUUCGCUCUACAGGCCGAUCACUCUGACCACACAUCAGAGGGGCAGAGUCACGGACACGCCACGUAUUUCCAGCCCAAAGAAUAUUUUCCUCCAUGGAUAAUAGCAAAGCGUGGCAUCGACUACCUGCUGUGUCACGGGCCCAAGGUCCAUAAGGAGCUGUGGGGAAUGUCCUGUCGAGACGCUGUCCUGCUGUUCAUCAGAGAGUCCUGCCGUCUGGAGGACGUCCCAGUCACCUUCUAUCGCCUGCAGAAGGACAAGAAAGAAGAGAAGGGUUCAGCACUGCUUGGACUCACUCUCAGAGGAAUGCAAGUGUUUCAGGAGGUGAACAAUGUGCGUGAUCUGCAGUAUGAUUUCCCCUGGUUUCACGUGGGCCGACUCACUUUCUUGGGGAAGAAGUUUGAGAUCCAGCCAGAUGGUUUGCCCUCAGCGAGGAAGCUGGUUUACUACACGGGUUCAGCUUUCCGCUCUCGUCAUUUGCUGCUGCAUCUGAGCUCAUGUCAUCGCUUAUAUCUGAGUCUACAGCCCGCGCUCAAACACCUGCGUCAGCUGGAGGAGACUGAGGAGAAGAAGCGGUAUCGUGAAUCUUACAUCAGUGAUGAGCUGGACCUGGACCAGCCGUGCAGUGAAGGCAGUCCUCGUCUGUCCAGACACUCCACCAGCAGCUCCGGCAUCGAGGCGGACACCAGACAGAACAGCGUCUCUGUAGAGAUGGUCUCAGUGGAGGAGAAGGAGAAAUCCAGCAUUAACACCAGCAGCACAGCUCCGAGCCAUGAAGAGCAUUGGCAGGAGACAGAUUCGCAGGAGCCAGGAGAGGUUUCUGUGGACGACCCUGUGGAUCUCUUGCGAUUGGCUGAGCUACUGGAGGGCGUGUCCGUCGACUGUCCCACCAUCCAAUCAGUUGAGGACUCUAAAGGUCAGCAAGUGAGCUCAGUCACAGGUAAAGAUCAAAUAGACCUUGGUGAUCCAGACGGCCUGAAACAGGUUUUGAAUCAGAAGCUUUCGAACCCAUCUGACUGCUAUGAUCUGAGCCUGGAUGACGUGCGACAGUUUUCUCCUCUUCUUCCGCUGGGAACGCCGACAGUUCCAAACACCUCCAUUGGCUACACAUUUGGGCACACCCCACAUUCCCCAACCAGCCCAUGUCCAGAUGAAACUUCACUCUUUGUCCAGAGACCCACGAACUGCCUUUCUCUGGCCCGGCUGGAUGAUAACCAGCCGCUGGAGCUUGUACUUUAAAAUCUGGAGUUAUGAUAGUAUUUUGUUCCCUAUUUUGACACAUAUUUUUAUCUGAACAAGAAAGAAUGACCAUGAUUUGGUCCGUAUCAAGGAAGAUCGUCGUUGAUUGGGUUGUUGGAUCAUUGCUAUUGGUCGAUCUCAUGUGAGUGACAGGUUGAUCCCGCCCCUUUGUGCCAGUAAACACCGUCAUCAGAAAAGAGAAGAGAUGACUCUGACAUAAAUUAUUUGUAAUAAAUAAUGCAAUAAUCUAUACGAUUGAUUGCAUGAUAACUUUAAAGUCCACGUUAAUCGGACAUUGCUGAGACGUUUAUUUCAGUAUGUUGAUGUACUUCCAACUGAAACGGAAUAUUGAGUAGAGGGUGGGGUUUUCUUUUGCGCAUCAUUCCCUAAAGCACAAACUAACAGUAAGAGAUGGUAUUAAUAUGCAGUUGCUAUGGAAACCCUCAGAAUGGCGUCAACAGAAGGAGUGCCACUCCAAACGCAAAAGCAAAUGGUCAUACUUUGAUUGAAGAUUAUCAAAACAAAUACAUUUUUCAGUGGAUUAACUUGCAUGUAUUAAUUAUUCACGUUAAGAAUGAUAAUGUGAGCUAGCAAAAUUUGAUUUUAAGCAGAAUUUGAAGCCCAAAGUUCACUUAAAGUUCCACAUAAAGUGUUCAAUUUUUGUGACUGCAUGUAUAGUUCAAGUACAGCUUAUCUGCUACUUUGUCAACAAGGUGUAAACACUCGAAUAAGACGUGCUUUUUAAGUCUGAAAGGAAACUGAGAUGGAAAAUGACAACAACAAACUACUGAAGACAGCAAAAACAAGAGGAGGAGA